CAACCGACAUCAGCAGGGAACCGCGAUGCGGCCGCAGCAGCGAGUCUAACCCGCCGCCCGCUCCGAACCGCCGGACCGCCGCCGCUCCUGUCCCGCUCCGAGGCCGCGGCGCCAUGGUGGAGCAGUCGGACCGAGCCCCGCUGCUGGACUGCGAGGAGAUCCCACCGCCCGACCCGAACCGCGCGGCCCGGCCGCCGCCCGAGCCGCAGCGGCAGGACGACACCGCCGCGGCGGACAAAUGGACACCGACGUCCGGCUCGGGGUGGAGCGGCGCCGUCCCCGCCGCCGUCCCCACCGUUCCCACCGCCGUUACUUACAGCCCCACACGGAACAUCACUGCUGUGGUUGUGAGCAGGGACAAGCCGGCCGGGGGCGGCUUCACCCGCCCGCAGCCUCCCGGCUCCAGCCUCCCCUUCCCCGGGGUCACGGCGCGGGGUCAGUGGGAGGAGAAGGACCAGAUCGUGGCAGUUUUUGUGGUGACCUUUGAUACCAGAUCAGGGAAUAUGGUGGAGUGGUGUCUGCCUCAUGACGUCAACCUGGACGGAGUGGAGUUCAAGUCCAUGGCCAGCGGCUCCCCGAUCACCAGUGACUUCAUAUAUUUUCGUAAAGGGAAAUACUUCGGGCUGGCCUGCUUUGCCAACAUGCCAGUGGAGAGCGAGCUGGAGCGCGGAGCGAGGAUGAAGUCCGUGGGAAUCCUGUCUCCGUCCUACACUCUGCUGUACCGAUACAUGCACUUCCUGGAGAACCAAGUCAGACACCAGCUGCACUGUCCAGGCCAGUACUCACCACUGGAGGCUUUUUACGAGGAUAAGAAGGCGGUUCUGCCGCCGACAGGAAACGGGUUGGUUCCGUUGUGCCCAACCUGGACCGUCUCCGCCAUAAACCGCUGCAUGCACCCAGAGAUGAAGAUCACCCACCCGGCUGGCUGCAUGUCCCAGUUCAUCCAGUUUUUCGGCGAGCAGAUCAUGGUGCUGUGGAAGUUUGUUCUGCUCCGGAAGCGGCUCCUCAUCUUCUCUCCUCCACCCAUAGGCGUGGUCUGCUACCGGGUGUACUGCUGUUGCUGCCUGGCUAAUGUUUCGAUCCCUGGAAUCGGUGUUUCUGUGCCUGAAUUACGGCCAUUUUUCUAUAUCAACAUUGCUGACAUCAGCACCUUGGAAACAGAGUUUUCAUACGUUGCUUGCACCACAGAGAAGAUUUUUGAGGACAAGAAGGAUCUGUAUGAUGUCUACAUCGAUAACCAGAAUGUAAAGACGCACAGAAGCCACCUGCAGCCGCUGCUCAGGCUGAAUGCAGCGGACAAGGAGAAGUACCGGAAACUAAGUGAACAAAGACAGAUGCUGCUGUACUCUCAGGAGGUGGAUGAAAACUGCACAGCGAACGAAGAGGAUCUGUUCAUUUUGUUCUUCAUGGAGCUGAACAACCGGAUCUUCCAGACCCUGUGUGAGGUGGCGGGCAGUGCUGAUCCCACCAUCACUGCUGACCACAUGAGGGCCAUGGGGCUGGACCCCCAGGGGGACCGCUCCUUCCUGGAGGACCUGCUGGAGGUUUACGGCAUCGACGUCACGCUGCUCAUUGACAACCUCUGCUGCUCCUAAACCCCCCACCAGCAGCAGCCCCCCCACACAGAGCAACACACUGGAAAUGGAAACACUGCCCCCAUCUGGGGGUUUUCAUCUGUUCACCUUUGGGUUUAUGAGCCGCCCCACUGUGGGUGACCUGGACACUCAGUGUGGGGUGAUGAUUGUUGGAUCCUUCUGAAACUCUCAGUCGCAUUUGGGGAAAAAGUUUCUCCCCCAUUGGAGUUAAUUUGUCUAAUUGGAUUCAUUUCCUGGGAAAUUAAACCGACUCACUCGAACUCCUGGAUGUGCUGUGAGCUUCUGGUUCUGGUAAAUCUACUUUAUUCUGCGUUUCAGAAAGGAAACAACAUGAGAGUGAAAAAGCUUUGGAGGGAAACGGAUGAGACUGAUUCUGCUUUAUGACUGGAAGACGUGAACAUCAUGAAGCUGAUGACAAGUUUGCAUUCAGUCAUGAAGAGAUGAAUAUUAUUGUUUCUGAUGUUUUCACCUGUUUAAAAAUACAAGAUACCAUUUCUAUUAUUUUUGAAUAUCAAGAUUAAUCAUAACACGUCUAUCUGUUUGAGAUGUACUCCUCUUUUAUUUUCCCAUCUUUCCAGUCAAAUUUGAAGUUGUGGAUUUUGGAUCAGAACUGAGACUGAAAGUAAAAUCGCCUUAUUUUGGAACAUAGAUUUUCCAAAAAUUACAUUGUCAUAAACAUAAAAUUUGAUAAAUUGAUUGAUGGUGUUCCAGAUCAAUGGCUGAUAAUCUGUGAAAUACUUAAAAUCAGGUAAUUAAUCAACUUAAAUGAUUUCUACCAUAUUGGGAAGCAGUAAUUCAAAUUCAGUAAUAUUUAAAAACAUUUUUAAAGGAAAGCUAAACGUAGUUGUAGUUUCUGACUGAGGACUGCUAUAUGAUAGUCUCAUAAUCCAUUCAGCAGCUCUGCUAAUCCUCCUCAUUUGCUUUCGCCAUCCCUCCUUAACUUUUGGAUUAUGAUGAAUGAAAUAUUUCCUCCUUUUCAAUUCCUCUUGUUGCCACAGUUUACUAAAGGCUCUAAAACCAACAAUUUGCAAAAAGACUGAAAUAUUAUUAAUUUUUGAGCCUGUUUAAAAAUGAGAAAUUCACAAUAAAUUCAAUUUUAUUUUUAUUAAAAGCCCCAAAUUAGUAUGACCUUCAUGACUGUCUGUAAAGAGAAAGGCUGUUAAUAAAUACUUUAAACUUUAUGCACUUUCACCACAGGCCGUGUCUGCUGGCCUUUCUCUGAUUAUCAGACCAAAAGCAAGGGUGCAUUCUGGGAAAUGUAGUUUUUUUUGGGGUUAAAGCUUCACAUUUGUGAUAUUUGUAGGAGGUUUUCAGUGAACAUGCACCACAUAAUAUGAAUGCUGCACUCGGUCAAACACUGGAUUAUUUCCUCUCUCUCUCUCUCUUGCUCUCUCUCUCACACUCACACACACACGCACACACACACACAAACACACAAACUUGUGCUUAACUGUAACCUUUUAUAUGAUGGGUUUGUGAUUUAAACUCUUGCAUUCGUUGGUUCCAGUUGUUAACCAGAUGAUCCUUCAUAAGAACCUCGUUCGCUCAUGGAUGCAGGAACUCUGACCGCCUCUCCUCCAGCUCAGUGACUUGAACCGGGCUUCGGAGACGGGCUGGAGGGGCUUUCAGUUCUUUGGUCAUUUUGAUAAUGUCAGUGAUUUGUUCCAUGUUGGAACACAGGAGGCUGAAAAUCUGCUUCCAGAAUCUGCAUUCCAGUGGGAUUUCAAACUUCUAACGGUCUCGCUAUGAACUGUUACAAGCAUCGCUUCUGUAUUUCAAAUAUACUGUUUCAUUUUUUAACCUUUAUGUUGGAUAAAAGGAAAUGCACUAAUUGUUCACGGCAGUUAAGCUUUAUUUCAAAUUUGGGGCCUUAAAAUGUGUUUUUUUCCCACAGAAAUGCUUGUUUGUAGUUUGAAUUUUUACUUGCUGAAUGUCUCAACACCAUGCUUCACGUUAGCCAUCAGCAGAUCUCCUAUGACUGCUUUUGCUCCACAGCUUUAAUGUAAAAGGGAAUGUACACACACACACACACACCCACACACACCAUGCCACUGAACGCAUCACCUUUUUCUGUGUGGAAACCUCCACAGUGUGGACUGUGGUCAACAAACCGUCUCACUCUUCUGAAUGUCAGCAGAGGCGUCGCUCCAGCAUCCAUGCAGAUGUUUUCUGACUAUUGUAAAUCAGGAGUGUUCACCAAGUAGCAGUGAAGCCUCCACUGUGUGAAACACACAAACUCGGCAGCAUGAUUUCCUGUCAGUUUCACUGUAACACAAGAAAAUACUGAUUCUGGUUCAAUGUUAUUAAAUCCCACAAGUCUCCCUCUGAA